CUGCUCCCUCAGUUGCGCUCCAUCCCUUUUUUUUGGCCCAUCUUCAUUUCAACUCUUUGGGGGACACCUUUUAAAAGUCCCCCUUAGAAAAGAGGCUCACAGACGUAAAUACUGCACAUUUACUUAUUUCUUCACAACAUAAAUAGAAACAAAUUCUUCUUUCCCUUUUCUUUUUAUUUCCUAUUUCUUUUCCUUUUCCCCCUAUCUGUCAUUGUCUUUCAAGAUCAAUGCUGGCCUGUGCUCAAGAUAUCUUUUUCACUUCAGAUAGUAACACAAUGAAUCAAAGCAGUGCUACAGAUCCAUUCUUAGACAGUCAGCACCAUAAGGAUACGAAGAGACCUAGAAUGAAGCAUAGUAGUACAAUGCAGCACUUACAACAUUUAAAACAAGAACAUUCAUCAAAUAAGCAUAAAGAAGAGCAACAGGUUUGGCCACCUGAUGUUGAAGCAGCGUUUAUAGAAGCAUUAGAGACAAUUCCAAAAUUGGGUAGACGAAAAAUACUAGUGAAUGGAAAGCCCUGUGGAAGGAACGAACUUAUCUCUGAUUUCAUUUUCCGUAAAACACAAAAAAUCAGAACAAGAAAACAAGUAUCUUCGCAUAUUCAAGUACUUAAAAAUACUCGUAAAAACGAUCCUCACUUUAUGAGACUACUCACAGAUUCAGUGGAUGUCGAUGAAGGAUUUGCUACGAUACAGCAACCAGUGCGCCAGCACCAACGAAAGCCAAGAAUGUCCACCUCAACCUCUCGUCGCAGUCAAUUGAACAAUGCUCAAAAGGCAAAAUCCUCACGGCCAGGUGGUUCCAUGAGUUCAGACGACUCAUCUGUGUCUUCCACACCAUCACCUGCAGAUUAUGUGUUUGACAUGGUUUACCAGGAUCAACAGAAUUCGCUUACGUCCAUGCUUGAUCUAAAGGACCCGUUUUUUGAACCCUUUUUUAAUUCCCUUAUUUCAUCUUCCACAACGGCUGAAGCAAAUGAGGAUAACAGCAGCAGCAGCAAUAUGCCUCUUUUCGACAACAGUCUCUUUUCUCUACAAGAUUUUUCAAGCAUCUCCACAACUGAUGUCUUGCAGCAAUUAUUUCCCUUGACGAGUUCCACUUCAGAAUCUGGACCUACUGUUGUAGACUUGCUUGAGCAGCAAAAUUCAAUUAAUGAUUUCUUGACCAGUCAAAAGCAGCAGCAGCAGCAACAACAGCAACCACAAAAGAAAUCAUUGAAAAAAUCAGGCAUUAGAAAAUACAACAAGAAACAGAAAAAUAACAGUUUAAAAACAUCACUUAGUCAUCCUAAUCUCAAUCUAUUUCAGUCUGUCAAUUCAUUAGCCACCUCUUCGCUUUCUAUGCCUGGGAUUGGCAUCAACGCGCUUGAUCAAGCCGCUGCGUCCACAUGGAUCGAUCCUUCUAUCUACCCAUUAUGGCCAAACUAUAUAUGCUUAUAUUUAGAAUACUCAUUACCUUAUGAUACUUCAAGCACCAUGCCACAUACCUUAGCAGCGAUUCCCGAAUGUAUACCUUCCUAUAUAUCUUCCAUUGACAGCUCUUCUGUAGCAAAGGAAAAAUGCCCUCCUAUUUCAGAACUCACGCUCAGUCCGGCCCUGACGAUCCUAGCUGCAAAAGUUAAGCUUAAUUUAGGUAUAAGCACAUCAGAUUUUUUCUUCAACAAUACAUCCUUCUUUGAGACCAGGGAUCGUCGCACGAUUGAAUGCACAACAACGAUUUACUCAUUUGGCAACGUUGUAUUGGAGUCAAAGGAAGUUCAACAAGCUCUGUGGUUAAAUGAAGCAAAAUACAUGUACAGUUUCUCCUACGUUAACCAAUUCUUUGAUGCAUUUAUGAAAGGCAUCCGCUCCUUACAGUCCUGGGAAGAAGUAGACAUUGCUAUAAACAAUCUCUGUGUGGUUCAGGUCUAUGAAGACGUUGAAACAAAACUAACUCAAUCCACAACAUCAACAACUUCUCUCGUUUCUCAAGAAUUAUCAACAUCUACAUCUGCCGAUGUGGCUCUAUCAGCCGCAACAGAGGAGCUCAUACUGACAGAUAAUCCAAACACAAGUACUACGUCUGGAACAAAUACUGAGAACAAUAACAUCACUUUACCAGAUAUUGCUGCUCCUUUACUUGUCAUGGUAUAUGAGUUUGAACGUGGUCAAGGCACCAUUGACAUUUCGCUAGUCGAUACGUCUGCACCUCCCGCCAACUUGAGUGGGAAAUAAAUUAUGCCUCCUU